AUGGCUGAAAAAGACAAGAAGAGGAGUCCUACUGAGGCCAGACUCGCUACCUCGUCUUACAGCAGCUUGUCAAGGGCGGGCCCAUCGCUCGCAGUAGUUGAGGACGAGCCGCCAUCGUAUGGCAUAUCUGCUGAUAACGAUUUGAUCCCACCGACAACAUUACUGCUCGCCGGGGCCACUAUCUACGGCUCCGGCUCAGCAUCUUCACCUCCUCUUUACGAGCUCUCUUAUCCAAUCGGUCACCUUCGCGAGUCCAACACCACGGUUUCUUUUGAACGGGUUGAACAUCGCAUUCGGUUGAGCGACGAAAACACUACCCUAGAACCUUCUGGAGAGACAGCGAGCGGUACUCAACAGGUUCCUCGAGUCUCAACGCGAAAGAAGCACAUUUUUGAUUUGAAGCGCGCUCUCGCGAUUCAGCUGACAGCUCCCCAAUUCUCUUAUUAUCUCGAAUCGCUUUCGCGGAACAACUUGGGCCAUCUAGGUCUCAAGACACACCGCCACUGGUUUGGAACAGUUGCUGGUUACCGCGCCUAUCGAGCCUCAAGGCCGCGACCAUAUGCUGAUCUCGAACCCGGUGAUAUUGCAUUUGUUGUCAAAGAGAGGGGAAAAGGCAAAUUUGAAUGGCGGAACGGCGGUCCUGAUGGUGAACACCGUAUCGUCGCAUACGAAGAGAGCGAAGGUGGCAUAUACCAGCUGCGCGUCUGCGAAGCUCUCACCCAAAAGGAGAGAGACGCACUAGUAGCUACGUGGUGUCUGAGGCUAUGGUGGGAGAUUGCGGUGGCUAACCAUGAGCCCUUAACCUGGGCUGAAGUUAAACACACCUUAAGAUAUCGCACGACGGAGUUUCCUGUUGCUGCUGCAACAUGUCUAUGA